CACUGAAAUAAAAACAAAGGUGGUGUAUGAGUAAAAACACGGGGGUGUAAACGGAAAAUAAGCGAAUGAAUAAAUAAACAAAAGGGAAUUGGAAUUGAAAAUUGGUAGAAGCGAAGAGAAGAGAGAAAGAGAUGCCGAAGAGGACGACGCAUACAUACUCAAGCGAGGACGCGGCUCCUGAAGGCCCUAACUCCGAUCUCUUUGUUUAUUACUGCAAACACUGCGCUUCCCAUGUUCUCAUCACUGACACACAAUUGCAGAAAAUGCCUAGAAGAAACACUGAUAGAGCAUACGUAUUAGACAAGACCAAACAUCUUGCUAGAUUCAACAUUCACGAAGCUGGCAACGUUCUGUUAAAGCGAGGGGAAGGCAAAGUCGAGAAACAGUUCCGUAUGAAUUGUAUUGGCUGUGGUCUCUUUGUUUGCUAUCGUUCUCAACAAGAUUUGGAUUCUUCCACUUUUAUUUAUGUACUUGACAAAGCACUCAGUACUGUUGCUGCCGAAACCAACCCCCAGGAUGCACCUGUUCCGCCUUGUAUUUCCAAUCUUGAAGGUGGACUUGUUCAACUUGCUAUUGAAGUCGAGGAUCGUGCUCACCGCUCCGCUAUCACAAGAGUAAAUGCCGAUGAUGUCCGAGUCUCUGUUGCUGCUCCCGCUGCACGUGGAGAAGCUAACAAUGAACUUUUGGAGUUUAUGGGAAAAGUUUUGGGUUUAAGAUUGAGUCAAAUGACUCUUCAGAGAGGAUGGAAUAAUAAGUCAAAGCUUCUUGUGGUGGAGGAUUUGACUGCUAGGCAAGUUUAUGAGAAACUUUUGGAAGCUGUACAACCUUGAUGCUGUUUCUGUGCACAUUUCAUACUAGGUGUUGUAUCUCUUUUUUCAACAAAAACAAGUUUGGGUUUUGAACUUCAGUUGUAUUUAUUUAAUUUUAGCAAGAGACAGCCAUUAGUGUAUUGAUGUUGGAAAUGUAAAGUAAAACUCAUCUGAUUAAUCAGCAAUUGAGUGGGGUUGAAUUGUAA